CCGCCGCCGCUCCUCCUCCUGUUCCAGCUGCCGCCGCCGCCACCGCGGCUUCCUGGGCUGAGUCCGCCUGCGGUCCCGACGGCGCCAGGUGCGUUUUUCCAGUCCGGCUCCUGCCCGCGUCCGCCGCUGCCGUAGCUGUCCCGGGCUCCCCGCCCCGCUGCCGAGAUGGCGACGCGCUCCUGCCGGGAGAAGGCUCAGAAGCUGAACGAGCAGCACCAGCUCAUCCUGUCCAAACUGCUGAGGGAGGAGGACAACAAGUAUUGCGCCGACUGCGAGGCCAAAGGUCCCCGAUGGGCUUCCUGGAAUAUCGGUGUGUUUAUUUGCAUCAGAUGUGCUGGAAUUCACAGAAAUCUUGGAGUUCAUAUAUCCAGGGUCAAGUCAGUCAACCUAGACCAAUGGACACCAGAACAGAUACAGUGCAUGCAAGAUAUGGGAAAUACUAAAGCAAGACUACUCUAUGAAGCCAAUCUUCCAGAGAAUUUUCGAAGACCACAGACAGAUCAAGCAGUGGAAUUUUUCAUCAGAGAUAAAUACGAAAAGAAGAAAUACUACGAUAAAAAUGCUAUAGCUGUCACAAAUAUUUCCUCCUCUGAUGCUCCUCUUCAGCCUUUGGUAGCCUCUCCUUCUCUUCAAGCCGCUGUUGAGAAAAACAAAUUGGAGAAAGAAAAAGAAAAAAAAAAGGAAGAGAAAAAGAGAGAAAAGGAACCAGAAAAGCCUGCAAAAUCUCUUACAACAGAAAAGCUGCAGAAGAAAGAAGAUCAGCAAUUGGAGCCUAAAAAAAGCACCAGCCCUAAAAAAACUGCAGAGCCCACAGUUGAUCUUUUAGGACUCGAUGGCCCUGCCGAGGCACCAGUGACCAAUGGGAACACCACAACGGUGCCAGCCCUCAGUGAUGACCUGGACAUCUUUGGACCAAUGAUUUCUAAUCCUUUACCUGCAACUGUCAUGCCCCCAGCUCAGGGGACGUCCUCUGUACCAGCAGCUGCCACUCUGUCUACAGUAACAUCUGGGGAUCUGGAUCUGUUCACUGAGCCAACUACAAAGUCAGAAGAGGUAGCAAAGAAACAACUCUCCAAAGACUCCAUCUUAUCUCUGUACGGUGCAGGAACCAUUCAGCAGCAGAGUACUCCUGGUGUGUUUAUGGGACCCACAAAUAUACCAUUUACCUCACAAGCCCCGACUGCAUUUCAAGGUUUUCCAUCAGUGGGUGUACCUGUGCCUGCAGCUCCUGGCCUUAUAGGAAAUGUGAUGGGACAGAGUGCAAGCAUGAUGGUCGGUAUGCCCAUGCCCAACGGGUUUAUGGGAAAUGCACAAACUGGUGUGAUGCCACUGCCUCAAAAUGUGAUUGGCCCCCAAGGAGGAAUGGUAGGACAGAUGGGUGCAACCCAGAGUAAAUUUGGCCUGCCGCAAGCCCAACAGCCCCAGUGGAAUCUCUCGCAGAUGAAUCAGCAAAUGGCUGGCGUGAGUAUCAGCAGUGCGAACCCCACGGUGGGUUUUGGCCAGGCCCCCAGCACAGCAGCAGGAUGGCCCGGAAGCGCCUCGGGUCAGACUCUCAGCACACAGCUGUGGAAGUGAACACUGCACUGCAAGUUUCAUCCAGAACUACCACCUGACAUUCCUUGCUAAAAUGCAUCUAGUUCCCCUGUUUGUUCAUGUACAUAAUUUUUUUUUCCCCAUUUGUUCAUAUUAAGAAUUAUCUGAUUGACCGUGUUGGUCUGUGCUGAUUAAAUCUAAUGUGGUGAAAAACAGGUUGAAAAACCAUUUUAUGUCCAGGGCAGCUUUGCUCAUAUUUCCCAUGACUUCAUAAGCCACAUUAUUUGAGAAGCUGCUCAGUCAACUUGCAUAAUCAGUUUUACUCUCAGUAAAAUUAUAGGUCUAAUAUUUGCAUAUAAGGGAAAUAGUUAUCAUGUUAGUAAUACCUCUAACAGUAUAAACCCCAUCCUCAAAUUAGCCAGUAAUCCCGUAGGAAGGUACUGUAUGAUCAAAUGUUUUAAUCAUAUAAAUAGAAUGUAAAUGUAUCACUGAGCACUGUUUUCUAGUGUAUCAAAAUUCUUUUAUUUCAUCGUUCACUUCACUGUGCUGUUGUUAUGAUGUGCUUAACAGGGAACGUGGUUAGUGAAAGGAAUAUAAACCUGGAUGUUACUAUAAAAUUUAGCUUAACAGAUAUUUAAAGAAUUCAAAUUCUAUCUGCCUCUCGUAAUUUGGAUCUCUUCUUAUGUACAUAGUGCUAACAUGAAGACCUUUCUCUGCACUAUAUGCAAACAGGGUAACUAAAUAAACAAAGCCACUUUGAAUCCUUGAAGGUAUAUCCAGGUUUAUGACGGUAAUUGUGUUUACAUUUUAUGGUGCCUAGUAUUGACAAAAUGUUCUAUCCCUAUAUUAAACAGAUGAAUCCACA